CCGUCAUUCGGGACUGGAGCUGCCUCCAAACCUCCAGUCAAGUUUAAAUUAUACUGAGCUCCACUAACUCACAUUUUGUAUCCUCCUCUCUCCUCUCCAUCUGAAAACCUCUCUCUGCCUUCAAUCUUGAAGAGUUCCUCUGAGGCAUCUUCCUCUGAGAAGAAAAAGUAAUAAAUUCCCUUUCUUUGAGCCCUACAGGACACCAAGAGCCAACAGCCACCAUGGAGGCCAUCAAGAAGAAGAUGCAGAUGCUGAAGCUGGACAAGGAGAAUGCCAUCGACAGGGCAGAGCAGGCCGAGUCCGACAAGAAGGAGGCAGAAGAUAAAUCCAAGCAGCUAGAGGACGAGCUGCUCGCCCUGCAGAAGAAACUGAAAGGGACAGAGGAUGAGCUGGACAAGUUCUCCGAAGCCCUGAAGGAUGCUCAGGAGAAGCUGGAACUGUCUGAGAAGAAAGCCGCAGAUGCUGAGGGCGAAGUGGCCUCUCUGAACCGACGCAUCCAGCUGGUGGAGGAGGAGCUGGACCGAGCUCAGGAGAGACUGGCCACAGCCCUGCAGAAGCUGGAGGAGGCCGAGAAGGCUGCGGACGAGAGCGAAAGAGGCAUGAAGGUGAUUGAGAACAGAGCCAUGAAAGACGAGGAGAAGAUGGAGAUCCAGGAGCUGCAGCUCAAAGAGGCCAAACACAUCGCAGAAGAGGCUGACCGCAAAUAUGAGGAGGUUGCUCGCAAACUGGUUAUCCUCGAGGGUGACCUGGAGAGGGCAGAAGAGAGGGCAGAACUUGCUGAACUAAAGUGUAGUGAGUUGGAAGAGGAGCUUAAAAACGUCACCAACAACCUGAAGUCUCUAGAGGCGCAGUCUGACAAGUACUCUGUGAAGGAAGACAAAUAUGAAGAGGAGAUUAAAAUCCUGAAUGACAGACUCAAGGAGGCGGAAACCCGUGCAGAAUUUGCUGAAAGGACGGUGUCAAAGCUCGAAAAGACCAUAGACGACUUAGAAGAGAGCCUGUCGCAGGCGAAAGAGGAAAACCUAGGGAUGCACCAGGUUCUGGACCAAACACUGCAGGAGCUCAAUAGCUUGUAAAAAAAAAACAAGAAGUACAAAGCGCAAAAAAACACCUUUUUUUUUGUAAAAGAAUAUUUUCUACAUGCCAUCCAUUCUGUUUUUUCACGUCCCCUUGUCUGUGACUUUUUAACACAUGUAGCCAAUUUGUGUAUUUAUGGUUCAUUUGUUUCUUUUGCUUUUUUAACAAAUGGUUUUGGGUCCAUAUGAUUUCAGUAUUGGUGCUAGAAAUUGUCUGCUAGACCAAACUCUGAGAACAAAUAAAGCUUGUGAUGAUGUCAGUCUCAAUGCAGCUCCUGAUGAUACCAUGUCCUCUUCUCUUUUUGCCACCCCUGGUAAAGAUGUGUAAAAAGUCUUAAAAUAUAUCCAUCAUCUAUUGCUGCUCAAUCUGACUCUGUAAAAUGUAAAAAAAAAAAAAAAACAGUUCAACUUUAUUUGUAGAACAUUUAUUCAUUGUGGGAAAAAAAUCCCCAUUUCCCCUAUUAUUGGCAGCCAUAAUGAUUCCUAUGAAAUAAAUACAACUGGAAACGUG